AAUUGCUACCUACUGCAGGUAUCAGUCUCCACUACCAGCUGACCAGGUCAAGACAUCAACCGAAUUUGAUUAUGAAGGAGAAGGAUCACCUACUGGUCGUGGAAGGGGCCGUGGUGGUAGAGGGAGGGGAAGGUCUAGAGCGGCGUAUGGGAAUGGAUAUGCAGCUCCUGAGUAUGAGGAUGGAGGUUGGGAUAGGAAUCGUGGUUAUGCGAGGGGCAGGGGUCGAGGAAGAGGUCGUAACUUCCGUGGCCGUGGAAGAGGAGGGUACAAUGGUCCUCAGAUUGAUAACCAGCAAGAUGCAGGACAUUACAACCAGGAAGGUCCUGCUCCAGGCCGUGGUAUUGCUUCGUAUAAUUGCUCUCUGUUUUUACAUGAUCUCAUUAAUUGCCAGUAGGUUUUGUGCCCAGUUGCUAGACCAAUCCUUCUUAACUUUGCCAGACCAAUCCAUCACCAGUAGGUUAUGAGAUUGCUUAGUCUGCCUGAAAAAUAGGUGUAACCUGUCUUGCAUUAAUUGAUUGAUUGGGUUUGGUUCUAGUGGG